UGCUGCAUCUGUACUGAUCUGCACCUGCCGUACGAUGCGUGCCUCCGGCUGGAAAGGAUGGAUGCUCUUGGGGCUUUGUGCAUGUGGAGAGGCCUUCGUAGUUCGGCCGCUCGUCCACCUCCCAACGAGCAGUGUGUCGGCGUCAACAACGACCACCAUCACAACACCAGGCGCAGCAGCACCGGCGCGCUGCUCGCGGGGGCCGCAGCAGCAGAAGCAGCGUCGGGAUCGUGCCUCGACGGCAUUGGCAUCGUCGCAGCCAAGCAUGAUGCAGGACGAGAGGCAGCAGCAGGACUUUGCGGCGAAGGUGGCGCCGAAGCCUGGCGACCCUAGUGAGGAGGAGGCUAAGAAGGCAGCAGCGGUCGUAUUCGUACCGGAGGUGGCGAACAACCAGCUUACCUCUGAGGUGGUGGAGGUGGACGAGAUCAGCGGCCGAAGAUUAAUUGUUGAGUUCAAGGCCUUCGGCUACUUCAAGCGCACGUGCCAGCUGGAGCUGCUCAAGAGCGGGGACUGCGUGUUUUCUAAGGGGAUGGUGGCCAAGGAGAAGGGCGCGUGGCGUGUCGAGGAGGAGGAGGGUACCGACUACCUGCAGUUCAGCUGCCCGUUAACGGAGAUGUACGGUGUAAUGUUCGACGUACCGAGCGCCCUGCUGUUCUGGAGGGUACCGCUACGCAAGGGCGCCGACGGCAGCGUCGUGCUUCAGGGGGGCCAGAUCAUCAGCGAGAAGACUGGCUUGUUCGGGUUGAAGACGACUUUCAUCGAUGAAGGCACGUUCAAGGCGCGAGUCUUGGCAGACGAUGAGGAGUUCCCAGUCCCCGAUAAGAUAGACUUCAGCUCCGUCCCGGUACCGGCUGGGCUGGCAAAGCUCAGGAAGAAGGGAAAGGGAGGGAUUACGGAGCAAGUUCCGGAGCCCCCUCUGCCAGGGUCUCGCUAACAGCUAACAGCUAACAAAAACCGGCAACAACAACCGACACAAGACUCAAGACCGUGGUCGACGGAGGGGUACGGACGGCAGCCUUAGGAACUAGGAACCGUGGUGGUGGCGACUGACUGAGCGAAAGACCUGGUCUCAUCUCCCACUGCUGGAGACGGGAAGGACGAAGUUUUUUCGCUGGUUUGUUUUGAUCUUGAUCAACUUGUAGUCGGGCGAAAGUGCGCUUCGAAUGAAGUGGGUCACCAUAUGCAUAGCAUAUGGAACUGGCUUCCGCUUGCAGCUGCUGUCUCGAUCCCGGGGACUGUCUGCCCUCCCUCCCCCCCUCCUUGUUUUUUUCUUUGUAUAGAGGCGUUAGUAUGGUAUGAGUGUGCUGUCCAUCAUGACAAGUAUUUGUACCAUUCGGGGCGGGCAGCUUUUAGAUAUCCGUUCGUACCAGCCACACGCUGGUUUGAUGUUUUCCGUUCUUUCCGGGUUACAGCAUGCUGCCGCUACAACAACCUUGUAUCCCCGUAAAGGUGUAGUAUCGAUCGAGCACUCAAGCAGAUGUGUCAAGGAUUCACUCCUCAUAACCACCGGGUGUUUGUUGUUGGACCCUCUUCAGAAGGUCCUCGUUGGUUUUGUGUGAGUGCUGUAGGGGGGAAGGCGGUGCUUGAUUUCGGCCGCGGAUCCCCCCCCUCCCUCCCCUACAAGGCAAGAGGAGCUUGGUGGAUGGAAAUCUUCAGCGCGGUCUUUUCGCGCGACCUUUUCCGCCAGCCCCCCCGGAGGCUUCUGGUGCUGAUGGGGACUAGGUACAGUAGUAGAAAUGGACGCAGGAGACCGAGCCAGUCUGUAGACUCAGAUGUUGAUUGACGUGGUGUGCUUUGCUUUUCUUUUAGACCAUGGGGGCCAAUUUUGAAUGCAUUGGAUGGUAAUGGUGGUUUUGCCCGAGGGCUUUUGAGCAGUAGAAGAGGAGUGCAAAACGUGUUCCGGGGGCAUUUUGACCUCUUCAGGCGUACAUUCUGCAACUUGCUUAAGACUUGGCCAGCAGCGGGGGGGGCUCGCCGUACGUCACGUAAUAACAUGCCCUCGGGGAGAGAUUAUAAAAGAUGAAAAGAAAAGUUGCCUUUGUCUGCCCAUGCGCACCUUCGGCGAUGUCGGCUCAAGCCAUCCUGGCCCAAACAAAUCGAGAAACCUUGACCGAAAGAUUUUGAGGGCUCCAGACAGGUGGUGCCCAGAGGAUUUUGAGGCGUUUUUCAAGGUGUCGUGUGUGUGCUUGGCAGCCAACAAAUGUAACGCGCAAAAAUUGGAGAGAGCGCAUCCCCCGGGAAAAAAUAAGCAUC